AUGCAGAAUACUGUUGAAGUUUUCUUUCACUUUGCACAACAAAUUGACGUCCACAAUGCCAUCAAGGAGCUCAAGACAGACCCCAGUGAUGGCGACAGUCCGCGAUUUGCAAGCAGACAGAAUGAUAGGCAAGAAGAUCGAACUGGGAGGCAACCUACUUGGCCGCUACCCAGGGCCGAUUUUGCAGCAGGCCAACUCCGUAGGCUCUCACGCUUGGUUGAUGAAGCUGAUCUUGUUGAAUGUGAAGAAGAAGGCAGAAUUGCAUACAUCACGACAUGGUAUCUUCACCACUCUGAGCACAAGACCUGCAGAGACUCGCGUCCUGUGCGACUCUCCGAUCACCCAGAAGAGUGGAAGGCACAGAUUAUAGAAGCUUGGCAAGACGUUGUACGUCUGGACCAAAGUCUCUCGCUGAGUCUGGUCACACCACAACCACCUUGCAGUGACCUAGAAUGCACACAGGCUCAUGUCCUUAUUGAGCAAGGCCAGCAGCCUGACCAAGUUGGAUUUGUAAUCUCUGUCAUUGAUGAGGCAUGCACAGAUCAGCGACGAGAGCAGAUCAUGCAUUCUGCGCAUUCAGAUGAAGCAAUGCAAACACGUGGCAGCAUUAUCCAUUUGGCAAGAUUGCAGACCCUGCAGCCACAAGGUCAGUGCCGUGUGACCUGGAAGCAAUUUCCCUUUGCUAUCCAUGACCCUGAAAUUUUGGAGAGUGCCACGAACGUUGUGAUUCAGCUGCCUCGCAAUGAUGUCGCCGUCAGAGAUGAAGUGUUCUCACUCAUGCAGUCGGAGCUCAUUCUGCAGCCAGCUUCGACAACACAGAACAGUUCCCAUCAAUCCGGCAGUCAGUGUGCGGUCGACAUCAAUCAUUCAGCACCGCCGAGUGAAGCCAUAGCGUUUCAAUUCAAUCUCAAUGCGGCCCCAUUCCAACCUGGACAGGCCAAUCUUUUUGGAGCCAAUGAGUUUGUAAUUGAUCUUUUUGCACAGUGGAACCAACAUGCUGCCGUUUGGGAUGAAGAAAUGCCUUCUUGCACAAUCGAGACCUGGUUUGUUGACCACAGAUGGCAGAAUCCACACUGCCGCAACAGCAGACAAAAGCAACUCUUUGCCAAUUAUUGGCAAUGGGAAGAUGAGCUACGGAGAUUGUGGAUUGAAUAUGUUGACGCAAGAAGCAACAUUGAUUUCUACGUCGUCCACCCGAAACCUCCAAGUGGUACGAAUGCUGUUGCAGCGCAUGUCAUUUUGGUGCAACAAGAGCGAGAAGACUGGGUCACAAGCUUAGUGAGUGUCUACGAAGCUCGGCCAGACCGUCCGAGCUUGCACUACAACAUCGCUGUCACAACACAUGAGCAUAUUCUUGUUGACAAUUUACUGCGAGUUGUUGGGCAUGAGACGCACUGCCUUGCGACCAUCCCAUCUCAUGGUUUUGCUGCAUGGUAUCUUCAGAUACAACUUCACCGCGGACAACCUCUAGCUGGAAGGAGUGGUUAUGGUAUUUCGCUUCAGAUUUGGCAAUUUCGCCUUGCUGACUAUCUGCCACACACCGCUGAACUGCUUGAGGCACAACAUGGCCCAACUCUUCUGCAAACAAAGGCACAAAGAAGAACAAUUUGUAUCGAAGAAGCUCUUGUCGAUGAUAGUGAACAAGACCAGAAAUCCGAUGAGGGCCCAUCAUAUGCUGUCAGGCUACGUGCAGGGGACCUCACUGUCCAGGUGCCCUCCUUUCUGGAAAUUGAUGGUGUGCCCACUGAAAGCAAGAUCGUUGAUGAGUUAAAGCACUGGGGUCAUGAUUGCUAUGUAUUUCAAUUUGCGGGGCACCAUGAAUUCCUCUGUCUUUCUCGCGAUCGUAUACAUGAUGACAGUGUUCGACACUAUAUCUUUGGCAGCACGGACGGCACAGAUCCGAAUGCAGCUUUUCUACACUCCCACAAAGGGGAUGUAUUGAACGAGUUGGACUGCAUGAAGAUUCUGCACAGCUUGGGAUAUUUCAAGACAACUAUCCAAGCGAUCAUUCAGUGUCUGCCAGAUGUAUAUAAGGUCGUCUUUGUACCUCAAAUGUCCAUCCUUGAUCCAGGAAGCCUGCAGUUAAGACCGCCAACACCGUGGCCUGACCGCACUCCUGCGGAGCUGAGGACACAGCCUCGGCCCAACUUUUGCUGUGAAGACCUCCCUGUGGAAUGUGGACCAUGCAAACUCAGUUUAGGAGUCGAUGUAGCAACAUUGGCAUCGUUCUUCUCGCAAGAGGAAUUCCCACUUUGCACAACAUUUGAAGGUCUGCAACUUCCGCCCUCAACGGCAAUGGCACCCUUCUUUGACUGGUCUACAAGUGAAGUUGUACGCAUUGCCUCUGGAGCCUACAAAGGGCAUCACGGAACUGAGCUAUGGAUUAGUCUGAAACAGCCUUACGCUUACGUGCUGGGUAAACCGCAGUUUUUCCACCGCAGACACUUCACAGUUCGACAUGCUGAUCCCCGCACACUUCUGGUCUCCAUUGAUGCACCAUUCCUGAAUGCUUUGGUUUUGGUUGGUCAUGGUCCUCAAAGUGGACAGCCACUCUCAGAUCGAGAGCAAUGGUGGCAUUUCUGUGGAGAGCUCUGCACGCGACAAAGAGCCUGCGACUCACAGUACUUGUUUGCACUGCUUGAUGCGAAUGCAGCAGCAGGAGUGCGUGACGAUAUUCUUGUGGGUCCUCAUGAAGAUGCGCCAAGUGCCAGCACACCAAUGUUGAGAGCGUUUUUGGAGGAACAAGAACUUUGUCUCCCAGCGACCUUUUCAACACAUGUUGGCAAGCAUUCCACCUGGACGUCACCCUCGGGUGAGCUGCAAUGUCGCAUUGAUCAUGUUGUCAUACCGCAGUCUCUACGUUCGAAAUGCGAAUUUUCUAUUGUUGACGAGAACUUUGACCUUGGACUGACCCACAUUGACCAUGAACUGGUGGGCGUGCAGUUACAUUGGCAAGGAUGUAGUCAACAAAGUUUGCAGACGGCACAUCAGAAACAAGGUUUUGAAAGGGCUGAUCUUAGCCGUUUGAGUCUGCAGACUGACAUGAAGGAUUACAAGGUCCCAUGCUGGGCUCACAACAUUGAACAACAUGUUGAUCAUUUCAAUGAGUUUGUCAUCACAGCCAUGGAAAAGACGCACCCCAGUCGGAAAAGAGGCCCCAAGAAACCCUAUUUGGAUGAAAAAACCUGGGCAUUGCGAACGUUGAAACUCCGUCAUCGCAAAACCCUACGUGAAAUCCAUCGAAGACAGAAGAUUGAACUGUUGUUUCAAAUUUGGCGUGCUUGGACCCGACAGAUUGGAGAUCAGCAGCAGGUGGACUCUGUCCGAUGUUAUUCAGCCACCCUAGCGUGCUGCUCUGUGCGUUGCAUGGCUCAACUCCACAAUGUUGCUCAGCAGCUGAAGGUCCGACUGUGCAAGGCGAAAGCGCACUUGCUUCAAAGCCGACUUGAACAGCUGCCAGGAGAAGCCAGUGCUGGUCAGAUAUUACAAGCCAUUCACAAAAUUCAGGGACCCACGAAUCCGAAAAAGAUCAAGAGACGCCCAUUUCCACUGCUGAAGAAUGAUGACGGCACACACUGUGCGUCUGGCAGCCAGAGGAGUGAUCGAUGGGCUGAAUUCUUUUGCAAUAUGGAAGGAGGAAGGCGUUUAUCACACCAUGAGCUCAGAGAAGGUUGGAUCGACAAUUUGAAGCACUUCCGGCAGCAUCAGUUUGACUUGAACUUGGAGGUAUCUUACUCCCAUGUACGCAUUGGUCGAGCUGUUGGCAUGGACUCCAUCCCUCCGGAAGCAUGCAAAUACAAUGCUGGCCAAUUUGCGCGUGCCACCUUUUCACAACUGCUCAAGAUGACCCUCCAUGGGCAAGAGGCCAUCCCUCAUAAGGGUGGCCGUCUCACUGCAGCUUACAAAGGGAAAGGUGAUGUUGAUGACUGCGCGUCGUACCGCAGUCUUUUGGAGGCGUGGGACGCCUCCUUGGUCCCACGCUCACAGGAGGUGAAGGACUUGACGUUUCGUUGCCAAAAGAAGUAUCCUUGCCAGCGUCUCUCAGACUUAACGCUGGAUAGGAGUAAGCAGCGCAGGCUGUGA